AGACCCACUGACCCAAUUUAUGUCUCUUCCCAGUCUGCAGAUUCAGACCUGCCUUACCCUCCACCUCAGAGGGAACCCAACAUCUACAUGGUCCCUCAAGGAAUUAAGCCAGUUCUCCAGCGUACGGCCAUCGAGAUAUUGGCCUGGGGUCUUCGAAACCUGAAGAGUUACCAGUUGGCCAGUGUGACUUCUCCCAGUCUUCUGGUGGAGUGUGGUGGGCAGAUGGUCCAGUCAACUGUGAUCAAGAACCUGAAGAAGAACCCCAACUUUGACAUCUCCGUCCUCUUCAUGGAAGUGGUGAGGCAGCUUCCUUCUGCAAUCUCUUGUCUCGUAUGAGAAUUACUCUCUC